GGGUGGGGGCGUCAGAGACUGCAAGAGGGACCGCGAAGAAGAGACCAGCCCACCAGACGACCCCACCUGCAGAAAAGCAGGAACUGGGUGGGGGCCUACCAUUCCACAGGUGGCCCUGAGCAGCUGGGUUCGCCAUGGUGAGAGGCCUGGCCUGCCAAGGAGGUAUAGGUAGGACAAUGACAGUGUUGGAUGGAAGUGAGAACGGAUCCCGUCAAUCCCCCUCCCAAAGGUUAUGACUUUUUUUUUUUUCUGGAAUUUAUUUUUUUGGUCUGGGUGGGCUUGGGCAUUCUUUUUGCUUCUCUGGAGCAACACUGACAACCAUUCACCAGAGAGCUUCUGUCCCCAGAGACCAGAUUUGCUGAAUCUGGCCUGUUAGCAAGUCUACUUGGGAGGUCAAUACCUGGGAGGCUUGAGGAGGAAAGGAGCCCUCCAAUAGAUGGAUGUGGGUCAGGACAAUCCUGGUUCUGACUCUAGACUUCUCCUUGCCCAGAAAGGAGGCAGCAGUGAAAAACACCCUGGACGACAUGGGUGGUCCCAACUGACCUUUGAUGGGUGCAAGGAGCUAAGAGAACAGAGCCUGCAGCUAGGAAAAAGGGCAGGGCACCCAGCAGUGUACCCACUGGACCCCAGUCAGCUGACUGGAGAUGGACCCUAUAAGGGAUGGUCUCUAUAAGGUGGCAGAUGAGGAAUUUUGGAGAGCAUGGAGACCUCAGGCUGCUACACCCCUUUUCCCUAGAAACUCAACCAAGCUACUUGUGUGUCCUGAUUUACUUGCUUGUAGACUUGGGAACCCACCAUUUCAGAAAGCCUCAGGAUUAAAAGGCCUCUUCUUUUAAUGAAAGGCUACAGGAAGGUGAAUUUCAUUGAGAAAAUGUGAGCUCCAGACUGAUGAGAGGCAGGUGGAUAAAGCAGGGGGCUUAAAGCCUGUAUGGCCUCCACCUGGACAGAAGUAGGCCCAGGCUGAGGAGAGAGGAAGCAUUCAAAACUGCCUCCAAGGUGCUGACUGGAUGUUGUCUGGGGGACACUGGAAUUUGAAGUCUGCUUUUGGUGGCCUAAGAGAUUCCUAGAACCCCCUAUGAGGGUAUGGUCCAACAUCAAGAAUGAUAAACCAUAUGCAAUUCCACUGAAGAGCCCAAGGUUCUAGCUAAGUUAAUCCUCCUACAUUGCCAUACCAGCUUCUGUAUCCUAGGGAGACAGAUGGAAACCAGGGUGAAAGUGGGAGUGUCUGAGGCAGCUGAGGACCAAAGAAAGAACCUUGUUCCCUGAACACCUCUUAUCAGUGCAUACUCCAUUUCUUACACUUGCAGAAGUCUUGUUCUGAGUCCCACUCAGAUACUAAGUGCUUCAGGCCUAACACCCUGCAGUCAUCUGAGUAGCAUCUCUACCCAUCUCCCUACAGGAAGGGAGUAGUCAGAAUAUCUGACACCCUCCAUACCAACUUGCAGCUCCAGUCCCCUUGGGAGGGGCCAGGAGCCGGAAAUCAAGAAAGAGGAACCCAAGUUUCCGGCUUCUCAGGGACUGAACAGAUAGGGGUGUCUUAGAACCUUCUGUGGAAGGAAUGAAAUGUGAAUAGGUGGCCCUGUCACUGACUCAGGAAUCUCCACAUGGUAUCUGCCAGGAUCCUAUGCUGCAGUGAGGGUCCAGAGCUGGCACCACAGAAUCUGGCAACCCCCUCCACUCACCCAUGCCCACCCCACAUGAGGCUGAGAAACAGCACACAGGGCCAGAGGAGGCAGACAGGCCUCCCUCAAUGUCCAGCCAUGAUGCAGCCCCCUCAGGACCUCCCAGUCGAAACCCCUGCUGCUUAUGCUGGUGCUGCUGCUGUAGCUGUUCCUGGAACCAAGAACGGCAACGAACUUGGCAGGUUUCUCGGGAAAGCAAGCUACAACCCCUCCCCAGCUGUGAAGUCUGCACUCCACCAAGCCCUGAGGAAGUACAGAGCUGGGCACAGUCCUUUGACAAGUUGAUGCAUAGCCCCACGGGCCGCAGUAUAUUCCGGGCAUUCCUGCGCACAGAAUACAGUGAAGAGAACAUGCUCUUCUGGCUGGCUUGUGAGGAGUUGAAAGCAGAGGCCAACCAACAUGUGGUGGAUGAGAAGGCGCGACUUAUCUAUGAGGACUACGUGUCCAUCCUGUCCCCCAAGGAGGUAAGCCUGGACUCCCGUGUUCGAGAAGGCAUCAAUAGGAAGAUGCAAGAGCCAUCGCCACACACAUUUGAUGAUGCACAGCUGCAGAUCUACACCCUCAUGCACCGGGACUCCUACCCUCGCUUCCUUACCUCCCCCACCUACCGUUCUCUAUUACUCCAGGGGGCCCCACAGUCCUCUGAGGCCUAGGUCAUUUGUCACACUGAUGUUCUACUCCCAUGGGCAGCCCAGGGGCUAGCCCUGUCCACUUGGCUGGAAACAGACUCAGUCCCAGUGGCAACUGCAAUGUUCUGCUCUGUCCUAGCCUGCUCCUACUGGGGGUUCUCCUAGAUGGUGCCUCAGAUCACAAACCCCUAGGCAUGUGCCCAGGAGACGUUCUCAUGGAGAACACCCUUUAUGCCAACAGGUUUGUAGCCGGAGAACUGUUAGUCCCUCAGAACCAGAUGUAGGACCUCAGAGUCAGACUCAGAUGAAGAGCCCAUUUAUAUUUUAUAUAGUCAUUAACUUUAAAGUUUGAAAUAUGUCCUUACUGUAUGUUUUAUCAAAAAAAAAAAAAGAGAGAGAGAGAGAAAGAGAGA